UGGUCCGAGUACAGCAAGAGCAUCACGCUUUAAAUUAGCUUUUAAUUCCUGCCAGAUAAAAUCACAAGUGUGUCAAUUAGCCCUUACAAUUCGCAGGUUUGUGAGCAAAGCUUCGUAGUUGGCACGUUAGCUAUAGCUGUCGAUGUAUUCAUGCGUAGGAUGCAAGUCCGACUUUAAACCAAGCGCCGCUGUUUUAUGUUAGAUGUCAGCGCCCCGCAACACGCCAAUGCAGCGAGCUCUGUGACUGAGUGCUUGGACGGAUGAGUGAGCAUGGACACACUAUCCAGCCACAGCUCCUACUUGCUGCAGCAGCUCCAGGAGCAGAGGAUUCAGGGAAUGCUCUGUGACUGCAUGUUAGUGGUUAAAGGGGUCUGCUUCAAAGCCCACAAAAAUGUACUGGCUGCUUUCAGCUCUUAUUUCAGAUCUUUAUUCCAGAAUUCCCCCAGUCAGAAAAAUGAAGUGUUCAACUUGGUUAUCCAGGAUGUCAGUGGCAUUGGCCAAAUAUUAGACUACAUGUACACCUCCCGUCUUGACAUCAACCAAGAUAAUGUGCAAGCACUCCUUGACAUCGCUCAAUGUUUGCAAGUUCCGAACGUCCAAAGCAUGUGUAACACUUUCCUUAAGCCUUGCCCCCCCGUGGUGGAAAUCCCAUCGUUUUCUCUCCCAGGCAUGCUGACUUCGGAGCACGACUGCCUCCUGGGAAGCAGUCUGCCUAGUGAUGUUGACCUCCCCUGUCCCGCUGAAGUACCCAGACCUGGCUUCAUGGAGCAAACCAAACGAAUGUCUUUCUCUGUGCCUAACAGCAGCUCAAGUGACUCAGGGAGCAGCACCCAGGCACCUGUUGAAAAGCAGUUAGUCCACGGUUACAAGCUCCGUAAUUUCUACAGCAAGCAGUACUUCAAGCAAAGUGCAAUUCAGGCCUCAAAUCAGGGUCCGGGUCCUUCAGUUGUCGUGGAGGAGUCCCAGUGUCAGCUUGGGAUCAGUCAGGGACGCAGCCACUCGCCUUUAUGCUCAGGAAACGCAGUUCAGCCCACCACAACUUGCACAUCCUUGGCAGCUGACAAGAACACCGUGUCUGCACUGACACCUUCGGAUAGUUUAAACACCCCAAGCUCUGACCAUGCAGACGCCUUGCUCAGUCUGCCGGUGCGUCCAAAGAAGACAGUGUACCUCAAGAAAUACAACUAUCUACGUUCUCAAAAGGCGUUAGAAGAAAUGUUUGCGAAAUCAGUCAGCGAGCCCAUCCUGAACUGCCCCAAAGACACGCACUCAGAAGAUUCUGUGGUCCGGAUUGGGGCUCAAGGAUCUCCUGUUGAAAACCCUGCGACUGUCAGGGAAGACGCACCAAAGAUGCCAUCAGAUGCUGAAAUUCCCCGACCGCCACCCACAAACCAAGAGGAGCAAGGACUGCAGACUCUGCCAGAACCACCACAGCAAACAGGCCACAAAUAUUCCUGCAACAUGUGUGGCAAAAUCUUCAAACACCCGAGCAACUUGGAGAUGCACAAACGCUCACAUACAGGCGAGAAGCCGUUUGAGUGUAAUGUUUGUGGGAAGAACUUUUCACAGGCUGGAAAUUUACAGACACAUUUGCGACGACAUUCUGGAGAGAAACCUUACAUCUGUGAGUUAUGUGGCAAAAGCUUCACCGCAUCUGGGGAUGUCCACCGUCACAAAGUGGUGCACACAGGAGAAAAGCCACAUCUAUGUGAUAUAUGUGGUCGAGGAUUCAACAACUUGAGCAAUCUCAAAGAGCACAAGAGAACACACGCCACAGACAAGACGUUUACCUGUGACCAGUGUGGGAAAUCCUUCAACACACACAGGAAACUUCUGAAGCACAAAGCCUGCCACGGUGGCGAGAAACCACACAGUUGUGACACCUGUGGAAAAUGCUUCAUUGGCUCGGGGGAUUUGCAGCGUCACAUCCGGUCUCACACUGGAGAAAAACCUUACCUUUGCAAUACCUGUGGAAAAAGCUUCACUCGGUCAGCCAUGCUGAGGAAACACAGCAACAUGCGCUGCAAGGGCGCACCAACUGAUGGCGCCAUUACAGACAACUCUGACCAGACUGGCAGCUCAGCUGCAGCUGUGUCGAUUAGCAAAACUGUCUGCCAGAGUGACGUCGCAAGUGAGCAGUCUUUUUCUGUAGUGAUGCCUCACGCAGGACCUGAGAAGCCUUCGCCGCCUUCACCCCCAACACCCCACGUGGAAACGACACCGCUGAGUAUCCAUCUAAGCCCAGCAUCUACUCCAACCUCCCUUCCAGAACUACGCUCCCUCGUGCCACAUCACCUCCUCUCUUCCUCCCACCAGGACAGGUGCACGGCGCUACCUGGCCCAGAUCACAUGAAGCUGCCCAAACCACACACCUCUCAAGAGGUUGAAUAUGGGCCCAAUGUGGAGAAUGGACCCAUUGGAGUUGAGAUGGGUCGAGGUCUGUUGGGUAAGCCUUACCUGCCUGUUCAAGACAAUUUUUCUGCUCGGUCCACGAGCGGUUUAUACAGGUCCAAUGAAGGCAACUUCAUCUCAAGUGUAACUCUGUGGGGACUAGCAAUGAAAACUUUGCAGAAUGAUAAUGAAAUGGAGCAAUAAGACUUCAGGAACAAUGUGUGGUGAGCACUUUGAGGAAAAUUACAACAUCACUCCGACGUGUUCCUCUGUCUUGUAACCAGAAUAUUAAACCCUUCUCAUUACAAUGCAAAAACUAGAAAAUCAAUCUGACAGUAUUACACUCAACCAACAUGAAAAAGAUUGAUUCCAUUUUUGGAUAUAGUUUUGCAUUUUUAUAUAUUUCUUUUUUAUUUAAUAAAAUGAUGCUAAACAACACUGAAUUCAUUUGUCUACUCUAAAGCAUGCCUUGCAAGUACUGUAGUUCAUAUGGAAGGUUAAAAAAAGCAAACAGCUACACAAUUGCAUCGGUCAGUUUUUUAAUAUCAAUCCUUAAAGUCUAUCCAAGAGUUUACAGUCCAAAAAUACACCGUACAUUACAUCGAAUUAAAUACUGUACUCUGUUUGCAUCGGUAGGGGAUUUAUUUCAGUAUUGCAGUACAAAGGUGAGGAGCGGAUGUCCAAAAACCACGCCCACACUCCCACAACGUACACACGAGGACAUUUUCGGCGUUUAACCUGCGGAGAUUUACAUGUUAUUUUCUAUUUUACAUUAUUUUCGAUGGCUGAUUGAUGAAAGUAAACUGAGGGAAAACGACGACAAUUUUUCCUUCGUCGGAGACAGAGCGCAGAGUAUGCUACCGCGCAUGCUCAGUGCCACAGGAAACAGGAAGUUGAAAGCAGAAAUCAAAUUUAUUUCGUGCAUCAUUUUCGACGAUCCAGGAUCACAGAAUAACCGCCCACCUAGUCCAACACACAUGUGCCAGGCCUGUCAAGAAAAAGUGUUUUUCACAUUCAUCAUCACUGAAUUCUAGUGUUGCAUUAGUCUCAUUGCCACAAGUGGAUCAACUUUUCCAAUACCUUGCACUGCAUAUAUCUGUGUGGGGUGGGAAAAUGAGUCAAACUAAAGAGCUCUCUGAAUUUCAGCGUGGUUCUGUAAUAGGAUGCCACCUCUGCAACAAGCCAGUUGGUGAAAUUUCUUCUCUCCUGAAUAUUCCAGAAUCAACUGUAAAUGAUGUUAUUGCAAAGUGGAAGCUUUCAGGACCGUCAACGACACAGCCAAGAAGGGGCAGACGAGCUAAAGUGGCAGAGACUCAGUAGCAUCAUGUUUGAGGGUAGCCACCCCCAGCUAACUCAAACCAUUCUAGUACUGGUGUCAAACGCAAGCCCCGGGGUCCAGAUCUGGCCCGCUACAUCAUUUUAUGUGGCCCGCGAAAGCUCAUGGGCUUUGACUUCAUGUUUCUUGCUAAACUACCAAACUUGUAAAUUGUCUUUACUUUCAAAAAUGUUGAAAUAUUUCGAGCAUUUUUCAUUACCACUCCUCCCAUUUAAAAUAAAUGUAAUAAUAUUCAAACAAACACUUUUUAAUGGAUCGUGAUUUUUAAAAAAAAUUUAAUUUGUUGUGUGUAGAAUAUCAGGUACAUACAUACAGUACAUUUCUUGGGGUUCACACUCAUUAUAGCCCUCUGAAGGAAAUCAAAACUGCUCUAUGGACCGCGACAAAAAUUAGUUUGACAACCCUGCAUUACAGGGUUCCAGACAUCGAAAAUAGUGAGUUCAAUUUCUACAAGAGGGACAUGUGGUCAGGGUAGGCAAGUGAGGCAGUGCUACCCGCUGCUGGCUGUUCUCUGCAUGUGAAGAGUAAAAAAGAAAAAAAAA